ACACUCUGGGCGAAUCACAACAACCAAGCAUGGUGCCCAGUCGGAUCGCGAGCUUACAGACUUUUUGCGGUGUUACCAACUGAAGAAAAAAUUUUGGUUUACUGUUUUGAAAAGGCGUUUUGCGUUUGAGGACCCAGCCCUGCAUAGAUCGCUUUCCUGUUUCGUUCCGACUUUCGAAGCGCACUCCUCGAAGCCGGGGGGUCACAGCUUGGGGUUCCCCAGUGACGCUUCACGCGGCUCUUAUGAAGCAGUGAUGUGUUCCGGUUUUUACAUUGUUCAUAUGGCGUUAUGGUUAAUCAGCUUGGAAUGGUGGAAAUAUUGCCUUUGUGGAGAAAUGCGCUGCCCUUAGUAUCCAUUGUGAUCUUAUAAAUGAAGCUUCAGCAUAUCCAUCUUCUACUUCAACAUGUACAAGAACAGGAAGGAGGCAAUGUCGGAAGGAAGUGGACCAGGGGAGAUUGAAAAUGGCAGUCAAGGCAUCUCUGUUGUGCAUGUAACAAUUCCAAACCAUCCAGUUCAAGUGCAUUCAGUGAUUCAGUCUAAUCAGCCAUCUGUCAUACAAACAGCUGGUGGUGCUGGAUCUGUACAGACAAUUCAAGUAGUUAGGGUUGCAAAUGUUGAUGACGAUCUUCAUUCUGAAGAUUCAGAAACAAAGAAAAGAAGGGAAAUACUUGCCAGGCGGCCUUCAUACAGGAAAAUUCUGAAUGAUCUGUCUUCACCGGUGAAUAAAAUGGAUGAAGAUUCCAAUAGCAGUCAAAGUCAGGAUGAUCAAGAAACAGCACAAAAUCUGACAACUUCCGCCAAUGCAGUGCACUAUCAACAAGUGGUACCAGCAGGAACUCUUCAACUUGCAGAUGGCACACCAGUGACACAAGGACUUCAAACACUAACCAUGACAAAUGCCAGUCCCACAUCAGCUGCCAAUGCAGGCACUGGUGGAGCCACAAUAGUACAAUAUGCCCAAGGUCCUGAUGGGCAGUUCUACAUCCCAGUUGGAGGUGCAAAUGUGCAGACAUACCAGAUUGCCACAUCAAUUCCUCAGGGUGUGGUUAUGGCCACAGCAGGUAGUCCAAUCUCAAGUCCCACUCAUUUAUCAGAAGAAGGAUCCAGGAAAAGAGAACUUCGAUUAUUGAAAAAUCGGGAAGCAGCAAGGGAGUGUCGCAGAAAGAAGAAAGAAUAUGUUAAAUGUUUAGAAAACAGAGUGGCAGUGCUAGAAAAUCAGAACAAGACUCUGAUCGAAGAGCUGAAGGCUUUGAAGGAGUUGUAUUGCCAGAAAGAAGGAUGAAGAAUGCAGAUACUUUGUGUCAACCAUGACAUUUUCAGUGGUUGAAUGACAGUUUCCUCCACUUGGCAGUGUUGCAGGAAAUGUCCAUGUUAUGUUGUUUGUACCAAGGCAGCAAGAAACAAGAAGAGUGUUAUUACCAGAGGUGUGCUGUUUUACAACUUGGUAAAGUUGCCAUCCACAGUGCUUUGGCUCACUGCUUUGGUCUGGGGGAAGAAAGAUCUGGAUUCAUGAAGAAGACAAUAGGUGUCUUAUCCAGGGAAUCAUGUGGCAUCGAUAAUUUAUUGUGGACCCUUACAGCAAAUGUGUUUGUCACAAAGUGACUGGAAGCAUGUUUCUGGCAUAAAAACUACCUUUAUAGACUUCCCUGCAUUUCACUGCAGAGAAAAAGCAAGCCAGAAAAAGCAAGUUAUUGUUACAGCCUUCGGCAUAGAGUGUUACUUUUAUGAAAGAUGUCAUUGGUCAUCUGGAAAACAGUUUUGCCAUGGAUGAAUGAAUGGCAUUGUGUUUUAUAAAAGUGCAUUGCUCUGCAGGUGUGUGUGUAAAUUUGAAAUGCUUGUAAAAUGACUUCUGAAGUGACUGCCGUAUUUGAUGGAACUAAUCUUGUAAAGUUGGCUGUUGAUGUUCAGUUGUAUUUUUAUCACUCCAUAUUGUCUCGAUUACUGCAUUUGGUUUCUUUGAAAUGUUUGUAUUGUUGAUAUAAAAAAAAAACAGAUUUAAAUUGAAAAUUGUAAAAGAU